AUGGCCGUGAGGUCGCCCGUGUCUGUUCUACCGUUCCGCGACUCGAGCGCGUCCUACCACUCUUUGAUGCCAAUGUACGUGAAUUUCCAUAUCCCGAGGAUGCGACUGACGGACAGGUCUCUAAAUGGCUCAGUCCACGGGUCAGUGAAUGGGUCGAUCAAUGCGGACAACGAGGACAAGGACAGCCCCGACUUUCCUGAGACCAACGACUCGGUCCAAGAUGAAGACCACGCGGAAGAGACAGAUUGCGACAGCUCUCCAAUACGUGCGGGGGUACCUCCGCAGCCGGAACUCACGAUCCAAACCGCAUGCUCGACCUUGAUUGGACCCAACGGACGAUCGGACGACGAUGAAGCGCCACAGUCUGUGAUUCAUGCUCCGCCUGGAUUCCAUGAUUUUUUUACCAGCAGCCCAAUAUCACCGCCACCAUUGUCAACAUCUCUUAGCCUGGCCAGUGAUUGUCCCGAGCGAGCAACACCGCGUGCACAAACAAGGCAUGAUUUCGAAGAAUCCGAGCGACGCACUCGUUCAAGCAGCUUGGAAGAUAUUCCAGAAGCCGAGAUCAAGGCCCUCAGAGACGCACUUGAUGAAUGUUGGACACUUUGCAACACAUUGGCCAAUCUCAGCUACAUCCACCGAGAACGUAUGCUCAAAUCCCACAAUAAUGACAUGGAAGAAGACGCAUGGCGGUCUUGCUGGAGACUAUGCCAAAAGCUAUAUGAUACACGCGACGAUGAUUAUGCCACCCAAGUUCACCCUACACUAGAUCUCUGCCGGGACUUCUGCCAGGCGCUAUUUGAAGCUCGAACCCGCGAUGCCGACGCCUCCGACUCAGUUCUACGGGUGAGCUUUGAAUUGAACAACCACUUAUACAACACCCAUGAUCGGAACCUCCCAGACGCGUUCCGCGAGAGAACAUUGGAUUUUUACAUCACUUUAUGCCACCGGCUGAUGAAGCAGCGUACUCGUGUCACAGAGACGGAUUCUCUGCUCAGUUCCUGCUGGACACUAGCCGAAAUGCUGUUCAGUAUUCGACAGAGCAAGAGAGAGGGAAAGUCGCUGGACGAGGACCUGUUGGGUUCUGCUGUCCAAGCGUGCUGGGAACUCUGCGAUAUUUUCCGAGAAGGAUGGACACAACAUAAUUUACGCAAUUCAGACAGAGGGACACCGCAGCCCAGUCAGACAACAUUCUCACAAGCAUUCUACCAAGCUUCCCAGCAGUCAGAAUUAGAUUUUGGCGACGACCUAUUAAGUCAGCUUGGUAACCCCGAAACACCCACCACCAUUUUCGAAGACACGGCCACAAUCUCACCGGAUGAGGGCCCAAUCCCCAACAUCUUCGUCCUGGGAUACGACAAGAAGCACGGUACACACAAUAAGUGGUCCUCCAACGCUUCUAGUAUAUCAGAGAAAUCGCGGUCGUCAAGCCGUACAGCCUCGUCCGCCAAUACCGUCACCACCAUAUCAGAGGAUCCAAAUCUCACAAGGUUGAAGAUCUUGAUCACAAGAGCCGCCAUAAACAGCGGGUUCCAGCGAGGUGGCAACCAGAACCUCUCAUCAUUCGUUAAAACCCUCCCCUCAGACGCAUUUGGAUCUGCUCCGUGGCAAGUGGCCCUGCUGAAGAACUAUAAAAAAGCGGUCUCCUUCGACCCGGCGUUCAGGAAUGUCGGCUUGCAGGCUCGAGUUGGUGCUCUCGAUGUCGCACACGCUUGUCAGGCUAUGAUACAGAAUGGACAGUACUCUUGGCUUCGUGACCUCUACCGACUUGUCUUCGGGUUUCACGUGGAGGAAGCGGUGGGCCGCAAGGGAGUGGCCAUUCAGACGUAG